CCCGACCUUUUGUUUUUAUUUAUUCUGGAGGGAUUCUGCCUUGACUGCCAAGCCACAAGACUGUGAGCUAGAGUGAAGCAGAAAUCCUGGAAGAUGAGCUCCAAGAUGGCCAUGAGUGAACCUGGACUGAACUGGGAUGUUUCCCCAAAAAAUGGCCUUGAGACAUUUUUCUCUCGGGAAAAUUAUAAAGAUCAUUCCAUGGCUCCAAGUUUAAAAGAAUUAUGUGAUUUAUCUAACAGACAUAUAGGAGAAAAUUUGAAUGCCUCAGCAAGUUCUGUAGAAAAUGAGUCGGCAGUUAGUUCAGCAACUCAAGCAAAGGAAAAAGUUAAAGCCACAAUUGGAAUGGUUCUUCUUCCGAAACCAAGAGUUCCUUAUCCUCGUUUCUCUCGUUUCUCGCAGAGAGAGCAGAGGAGUUAUGUGGACUUGUUGGUUAAAUACGCAAGGAUUCCUGCAAAUUCCAAAGCUGUUGGAAUAAAAAAUGACUACUUGCAGUACUUGGAUAUGAAAAAACAUGUCAAUGAAGAAGUUACCGAGUUCCUAAGGUUUUUACAGAAUUCUUCAAAAAAAUGUGCACAGGAUUAUAAUAUGCUUUCUGAUGAUGCCCGUCUCUUCACAGAGCAAAUUUUAAGAGCUUGCAUUGAACAAGUGAAAAAGUAUCCAGAAUUUUACACUCUCCAUGAAGUCACCAGCUUAAUGGGCUUCUUCCCAUUCAGAAUAGAGAUGGGAUUAAAGUUAGAAAAGACUCUUCUUGCAUUGGGUAGUGUGAAAUAUGUGAAAACAGUAUUUCCUUCAAUGCCCGCAAAAUUGCAGCUCUCAAAAGAUAACACAUCUACCAUGGAAACACCAGAACAAAUAGCUGAAGCUAUGCAUUAUGAUAUCAGUAAAGAUCCAAAUGCAGAGAAGCUUGUUUCAAGAUAUCACCCUCAGAUAGCUCUAACUAGUCAGUCACUAUUUACCUUAUUAAAUAAUCACGGACCCAGCUACAAGGAACAGUGGGAAAUUCCAGUGUGUAUUCACCUAAUACCUGUUGCAGGUUCAAAACCAGUUAAAGUAAUAUAUAUUAAUUCUCCACUUCCCCGAAAGAAAAUGACAAUGAGAGAGAGAAAUCAAAUCUUUCAUGACGUCCCAUUAAAGUUCAUGAUGUCCAAAAACACAUCUGUUCCAGUCUCUGCAGUAUUUAUGGACAAACCUGAAGAGUCUACAUCUGAAAUGGAUGUAUGUAAUACUUUUUUUAGGAAAAUGUACUUCUUUAUCUUUUGA